AUGAGCGUUAUCCGGUCAGGGCUCCGAACUCAACGGCUGAAGAAGGAAGACAACUUCAUGGCAUAUGACCCUGAACUUUUCCAGGGACAUGAAUUGGACUGGCUAGCCCUGAGACUUGAUCAACGUCAUCCAUGCAGCAAGGAGCCUUCGGUUAACGCGGCUGACUUUCGGUCGCGUCGGCUUUGGCUAGUGUAUAGUCAUCCACUCCGAAGAGAUAUUCGGAAUACCGCCGCCUCGAUCUCAUGUACAGCACAUCAGCAACAAGCUUCAGAUGUCAUAGAGCGACUCAUCCCCAUCGACAGCAAGUCAGGCAACAUUAUUGGGUUUCGAAUUAAAAAUCAAGACGCCUACAAUGAUAACGCGGAACUGGUUCAGGCGAGAGUCGAAAAAGAGUUUCAAGAACAGCUCGCAAAGAUAUACAACUCUGAAUGCGAUACUACAGGUAUGCCGGCCGAAAGCUGGGAACAACCUAGUCGUAUUGCAAAAGCAUAUUUCUACAGAAGUCGACUGGCUCGUAUGACUGGCGUUGGUCAACCACAGUCGGAUCAAAGCAGUCACUGGGGCACGAGAUUUGUUCCAGUCCGAGAAAUGGCAAAUAAACUCGCUGAUGCUAUCGAAGAAACCAUGAAUACCUUGUUUCAGCCUCAGUUUGAUCCCCCACCUGUGCUACAAGAGUCGUGGGAUCAAUCCUUUGCUAUCCUCUGGGCUGUUCCAUGCUGUCUGGAAGAUGACUUCGGGGUCGCGCCUGAAACUGGCCAUAUCUAUUUGACUAUAAGAAGGAGGCCCGACCAACUACCCUCGAGUGUCUGGACCACGGAUAGAUCUGAAAUAGAGUCUGUGCUGGGUCUCUGGCUUUGGUCCUUAGAGAACACUCUAGAACGUCAGAAUGCCAGAGAAGCUGGUGCCAAGAAAGGUGAUGAGACUAUGAAUCGGAUCGUCCAUGCUAACGACACGUGGGCGACCUCUUCUGGAGACCUAGUGAAUCUGGAUAUAUGGCGCGAGCGUAGUAAUUGUCAAUUUCGCGCAUGGCGACUUCAAAAGCAAGAUCUCCAUUCUCCGCCCCAGGUGUCGAUAAGCAUGAAUACUACAAUAGACCUUCCAUGGGAACAUAUGAGGAACUCUUUUGACAUCCGUAGCCCGCGAGGUCAAAAUGAAACAUGGUGGAAGAAUGGAGACGACUAUGUCUUCCAUACAACCGGACCGCCUGCUGACUGGGUCGAUAAAAAACGCUUCUUCGGUUGGACAAACAUGGUUAGCGAAUCAACGGAUAAUCCCGUACAUGUAUUGGAGAUUGAAUCAAAGCUCUCUCUCGAGGCCAACUGCGCGCAGGAGCUUUAUUCUAUCUUCCUUUCUUCGAUCAUGAAGAUUACACAUGAUAUCGGAGGUCACACCAAGGCUGAGAAAUACCAAGGAGGUCUGAAAGCCAGUAACGAGUGCAUCGACUCUAUUCAAGCAGCCAUCAUUCAGACAGGUCUAUGCGAUAAAAACGACGCCUUUGCAUGCACUAUCCCUAUUCUCGGACGCCUAGGUCAUUUAAAGAUAUCCGAUGAAGUAUUGACGGCUGCAUUGGAAAUAGCAGAAAACUAUUUGCGCCUGGGAAAGUGGGAUGACGCUGGGCGAUAUUUCAGCUGGAUACUUGAUCAGUCGGUCUUUCGGUUCACCUCGAAAAACGAAGCCAAGAUGACUUUGAAGAGCACAGAAGCAACCAACAACUUUAGAUUAUCUCUUUUGAGAGUCUGUGAGACUUCCCGCCGAGCCCUUCUCCAGGACAAUCACAGUGCCAGAAUGUUUGGGUACAGGCAGAUUCUUGAAUUACUGCACCGGUUUGCUUCAACCGAGAAUAUCAUUUCCCUUCGUCUCGUCUGGUCUGACAUUGGGACAUUGCCAAAUUCCGAAGUAACUGGCCACCAAUUGACUAUGUCCGAUGUCAUUCAGUGCUACGGCAAUGUUGCGCUACGAUGCUUGGAAACAAAGAGGUCGCCAAGUCGUGACGAGAUCAGAUUACGAGGGAAUCUAGAGAGCAUUAUCCAGCUUGGGCAUUGCGCUGACAGUAUCGUAACGGCAAUCAACAACUCCGACUUGAGUUCUACUCUGUAUCUGUUGGAAAGGGUGCAUUUCCCGGAACCCCACCGUAGCAGAGGAUUCAUCAUGGCCUGCAAAAAAGGAUGGUAUAUGGUUGUUGAAAUCUUGAUCAAGAUUGGUGCCAAUAUUCAUUUCGAAGAUCAAGGACGAACGGCGUUAUCGUAUAGCUCAGAGUACGGCGAUAUCAACAUAGUUCGGUUACUCAUCAGAUCAGGGGCCGAGCUGCGUAGCAAGAGCAACACAAGCUACGAGCCCGAGCGUUUUCCAUGCCACUAUGCUGCCGAAAACGGUCAUGCAACAAUUAUCGAUGCGAUGGUGCAGGAGUGGAAGAGUAGUUCAGAGAUGGACAGGGAGGACGACAGGAACAUGACACCAUUGAGUUUGGCAAUCACGUAUGGGAACCCUUCUACAGUUAGAGCACUCCUUAGCCGUGGGAGCUGGGUUGACGCAAACCAUUAUCAUACGAAGAAGCCCGCACUACAUUUGGCGAUCGCGAUUGGACGCGAAGAUAUGGUCGAAGUGCUCUUGCAAUGUUCCACCGUUGAUCCAAAUCACAGUCACGGGGCUACUAUCGACUGUCCACCUCUAGUUUUGGCGUUGAAAAAGAAUCAAGAGUCUAUGUUCGAUAUGAUACUGGCUGCAAGUAACGUUAAUGCAGAUUGCGAAGACAACCAAGGUCGCACAGCACUCUGGUGGGCGGCGUCUCUGAAUCGUAAGUCGUACGUUUACAAGCUACUCGAUUCAGGCAAAGUGUGCCUUCCCGACAAAGCAGACCGUUCUGGACGUACGGCAUUGUCAGUUGCAACCGAGGCGGGAUCAACUGACAUAUGUUCAUUGUUGAGGGAAUUCGAGACUAUGCACUAG